UACAAGUAAACAAAAAUCACUCGAAAGGUUUCUUGAACCUAAAAAAAUUUUUGAUUGGUUGUUUAUCGAGUGACGUUCGCAUUAAUAAGGGAAUUUGUGUAAAUUACAAGUCACGUUUUCAGUUUAAAUACGCAAAAUGGCCGAAAAUAUAUUUUUGUUUGUGCCAAAUUUAAUCGGAUAUGCACGAAUUAUUCUGGCAUUUAUUUCCUUUUAUUAUAUGCCGUUUGAUCACGUUAAGGCUUCGUUUUGUUAUCUUUUAAGUGGCCUGCUCGAUGCGUUUGAUGGAUACGCCGCUCGUUGGUUAAAUCAGGCUACGAAAUUUGGAGCCAUAUUGGACCAGUUGACAGACCGCUGCGCUACUAUGUGUCUGCUUGUUGCUUUGUCGUACUUUUAUCCUUCGUACAUGUUUCUAUUCCAAUUAAGUAUGACGAUUGAUAUUGCCAGUCAUUGGAUUCAUUUACAGACAUCUCUGAUGCAAGGGAAGACAAAUCAUAAAUUUAUUGAUUCAGCCGAAAAUCCUGUUAUGAAAAUAUAUUAUACUUCUAGACCCAUUCUGUUUACUAUGUGUGCCGGAAACGAAUUGUUUUAUUGUAUGCUGUAUCUUUUACAUUUCACUGAAGGACCAACAAUUUUGGGUUUGGGACUAUUCCGUCUUAUAACAAUAAUAUCUGCACCGGUUUCGUUUGUCAAGACUUUAAUCAGUUUGUUGCAAAUGAUAAUAGCAUGCAUGAAUCUAGGAAUCAUCGAUACAAAGGAGAGGAGCAAACAAGCGGAGAAAGAAAAAUGAAUUAAUCCAGUAUCGCUUUACAAAACUUUACUUGUGUUUGUAAUUCUUAGAAUCGGCUUUAAUAUUAUUAAUUUAUCAUAAUUACACUUCGCAUGUAAGUUAAAUUGUAAAUAAUUCUCUCUCCUAGUCAAAUGAAGGAAUUAUUUAAUUUUGAGUAGUGUUUCCCAAUCUUCGUCGACUGAUGAUCUCAUUUUAAUAUAUUAGAAAAUCUUGAUAUUAUCUGGAAGUAUUAUCAAUCAUGUUACUGCUUAGUAUGUAAUGGAAGAUGGUUAUGUGGCUCAUAUUGGUCUCAAAUACCAUUAUACCAGGAUUGACUAGAAGUUGGAAAGAGGAGAUUAAUGUGUCAAGAUACUAUCCAUCUACACAUGCAAGCAGUUGAAUUAUAGUAGUAAGCAUUAUUUUGAUGGUUACAAUUCAGAUUUUUAUCUCAAAUCGUCUGAAGGUUGGUUCUCGCUAUGACAGUGUCUAUAAUGGAAAGCGACAAAACUGACCCUAUGUCGGACCAUAAUGGAAAAGGGGUGCAUUUAUAAAUUGAGUCGGAUGGGUGCAUUUAGAAAUCGAGACUUUUACCCUAAUGGCAAAGCAGAAAAAUUAAGUAUUGAUCGGUGUAAAAGCAUUGUUGAGUGCUAGUCAGCCUUUCCAUUGUGCGCUGCACGGAUAUGUCUUUCACUGGUACAUUAUGAUAAAGAGAGCGAUGUUAUGGCUUCGUGUCGGUAAACUGUUGUAAGCGAGAACCAUUUUUGAGUAACAAGUGGGAAUCAGAAUGAUGAUUUAGCAAAUUGUAUUGGCCACUAGUUGGGAAACAUUACUUUAUAACACUAUUAUAAUUGAAAAUUAGAAAUAUCAAAUGCAUUCUCAACAUAAAAUAAAUUGUUUAAGUUCAUAAAUAUUCAUUUAUCUGGUCUGAUAAUUUGAUAAAGGGACCACCACAAAGUAUCGACCCUCUCUAACAGUUUAGAACUAAGAAACUUUCAUGAAAUUUGUAGAAAUCAUUCCAAUGUCUAUCAUUUGUUUUAUAAUUGAAUUUUCUUUAUACAGUAUUUUUAAUCAUUGACAUAAAAUUAAUUGUUUUUUUUUAUUUAUUUACAUAAAGAGUAGUUUAUAUAAUUUUAUUUCUGUAUAUAAUUUUACUUUAUAUAAGAUUAAUAUAUUAAAUUAGAUUAUUUCUUUUGUACUUCGACAUGUUUUUUAACUAACACUUUUAAUCGAGAAUGCCGGGCCAUCGAGCAAAAUGCAAUUACGAGAAGUAGCUCGAGAAGCUCGGAGACGUUGCAAGUUAAGGGUAGUCGAUGGGCAUUUCGAGGAGGCUAGUUUUUGCCGGAGUUCAGAAGAAUAUUGUCCAAUUUGCAGUCGAAUUCUGGUCAGUGCGGCACCGCAUCGACGACAAAUGCCGAAGACGAACGACAUUCGACUUUGGUAUUUGUAGUCGACUAGAAGUGCGCUUCUACACUUUGACAUCGAACAAAGUGGCGAAUGGCAAACGUGGCCGAACUUUGCAAACUUUGUCGUCCCGGCCACGAUGCCAUUGCACCACAAACCGGUAACGCAGCAAGCGGCACCGCCUAGUCCAACUUGCAGCAUUUGUCAAACUCCUUGCACUAUUUCUCUGCAUUUGUUCGAUCGGUCCUUAGAAUUCAUAUAAUUUCCCAAGGUGGAAAAGAUGUGGACUCGUUUGUAAAACCUGUACCAUUUUUUAUAUUGUGCCAAAAUUAGUUUGUUUAAUCUAAAAAAGUUCACAAACCAUACAAAAUUUCAAUUCUUGCUUAAGUAUGUACUUUAUAAAUCAACAUUCCUGUGCAUAGAAGUGAUUGUAAAUAAUAUAUUUAGGUUUUUGUACGCAAAUAAUUAGAAAAUGUUAACAAAUUUAUCACUAAAAUGUCCCAUUUGAGAUUGAUUAUAUAUACAGUAUAUAUAUAUGUAUACACUUAUAUAUUUGUACAGACAUGUACAAUACUUAGUUAUUUUGUUGGAGAAUUGUUGAAAGUUUUAAGCUUUAUGAUGUAGAGAAAAAAUACUAAUUUGCUUGAUGUUAUCAAAUAAAUAGAUGAAAAAAUAUCAUUUAUAUUUUUUAAUGUAUACUGUAUUAUGUUAAUAAAAUCCCUAUAAUACAGUUUUUGUUGGAGUUCACUUAUGUUUGAAGCGUAUAAACAAAUAUAUAAGGCUAAUUUACACUAAAGUAUUUGAUGCCUGAGAUGUUCGGUGGGUGUUACGUGUUCAGAAUUAUAUAUCCUUAAACACAAGUACUUGCAAAAUUACUUUUGUCAACCGGAAA